CAACAACCAAUCAGCCAGAAGACUAGUGCCAGUAGCAAAGAUGGCUGAGAGAGCCGAGGAGGGUGGGGAGAAAAACAAGUCAGUUCAGCAGACUCUAAGUAGAUGAACCCCAACACUGGCCACAUUUCCGCCCGGCUAGCAGUCACGUGCCUGCUGGCUGGCUUGCCGCUGACUUUUGUGGCUGGCUGAAGAGAAUCAGGUGGGUUAUAACAAUAAAGGGGGGCGAGUGUCUACUCCAGCGUUUGCUUUUACCCUGAAGAGUGAUAUGCAGACCACGGAACCUGAAGAGGCGGAGGAAGAAGAGGACCAUACCCCGUUGCUGUUGCGAGAAUCCCAGCCCAUCGGCAAGGCGGCCACAAUAUGCUGCUCUGCUCGUCUCAGUUUAGCAAUUUGGGCCUUCUUUGGAUUCUUUCUCUUAUAUGCACUCCGUGUGAAUUUAAGUGUUGCCCUGGUGGACAUGGUAGAGUCAAAUGCAAGCUUGACCAAAAAUACAACUUCUUCAAAUGUGUGCCAAGAACAUUCUUCUACUCCAGUUGUUCCUCGUAACACUUCGGGAAGAAAGUAUCCAUGGGAUGCAGAUACUCAAGGCUGGAUCCUUGGUUCCUUCUUCUAUGGCUAUAUCAUUACUCAGAUUCCUGGUGGAUAUCUUGCACGCCAAGUUGGGGGAAAGCGGCUAUUGGGGUUUGGCAUCCUGGGUACUGCCAUUUUCACCUUGUUCACACCUUUAGCCGCAGAUUUAGGAGUUGGAUACCUAAUAGCAGUCAGAGCUUUGGAAGGCCUGGGUGAGGGUGUCACCUUCCCUGCCAUGCAUGCUAUGUGGUCCUGUUGGGCUCCUCCGCUGGAACGCAGUAAACUUCUUAGUAUUUCAUAUGCAGGUGCACAGCUAGGAACAGUUGUGUCUCUUCCAUUGUCUGGCUUGAUCUGUUUUUAUAUGAACUGGAUUUAUGUAUUCUAUAUAUUUGGUACCCUUGGCGUGCUGUGGUUCCUCUUCUGGAUGUGGAUGGUUAGCGAUACACCAGAAACUCACAAGAGAAUUUCCCAUGCAGAAAAAGAAUACAUUCUCUCUUCCCUUACAGAUCAGCUUUCUACUCAGAAAUCUGUCCCUUGGGAAGCCAUGCUGACAUCCCUUCCGCUUUGGGCUAUUGUUGUAGCACACUUUUCUUAUAACUGGACUUUCUACACACUCCUUACCCUAUUGCCUACUUACAUGAAAGAGAUUCUGAGGUUUGAUGUGCAAGAGAAUGGAUUUUUAUCUGCAGUGCCUUAUUUUGGCUGUUGGGUUUGCAUCAUUCUAUCUGGUCAAUUUGCUGACUAUUUGCGGGAAAAGCAAAAUAUGUCUACUGUAUGUGUGCGCAAGACAUUUACUCUGAUAGGAAUGAUUGGGCCUGCAGUUUUCCUUGUAGCAGCUGGAUUCAUAGGUUGCAAUUAUGAACUGGCCGUUGCAUUUGUAACCAUAUCCACAACACUAGGGGGCUUUUCUACAUCUGGAUACAGCAUCAACCACUUGGAUAUUGCACCAUCAUAUGCUGGCAUCCUCCUUGGAAUCACAAAUUCAUUUGGCACAAUCCCAGGAAUGGUGGGACCACUUGUUGCUAAGAGCCUAACUCACAGUAAUACUGUGGGAGAGUGGCAGAUUGUGUUCUAUAUUGCCGCUGCCAUUAACUUAUUUGGAGCCAUCUUCUUUGCAUUAUUUAGCAGUGGAGAAGUUCAAGACUGGGCACUCAAUGGCUACCACUUGCAUAGGAACUGAAGGAACACUGGGGUUAAUCACCACGCAUUACAAUCAUGUGACCUGGAAUGCCUUUCACAUGACAACUGCAAAGCCUACUGUAACCCUUUCCUAUUACAAUUGGAAGACAUUUCAUGUUUUAAUAAGUUGAUUUUGUAAUAACUUGGGAUCUAAUACACAAUCAGUUGGUGUCAGAUACCUGCAGAUGUGACAUAUUUUAAUCAACGUAUCAACAUUUAAAAAAAAUAUGUAUGAAUUAAACUAUUGGAAAGGAACUUUUGCAAAAUGCAAGUAAGAAGUAGUUGGGGGGAAGGGUGAGACAGAAAAAAGGGGUUUUUGUUGUUGUUGUUGUUAAGGUAAUUUUAAGUAAGGGUUGUCAUAACUAUAUUAUAUAUUUGUCCUGUCCUAUUAAUUCAAAUAAGUAAGGGAAAUUAAAAGGGGGGGAUUCACUUGUGUGCCCACUGAAAGUAUGCAUUUGUCAGCAUAUAUCCCCUACGACAGGGAUGGAGAACUUGAGCCCUCAAGAUGUUGUUGCACUACCUCUCCCAUCAUACCGCACUAUUGGCUAUGCUGCCUGGGGCUGAUGGAAGCUGGAGUCCAACAGCGUCUGUACUAUGAGAUUUCACCACAUCUGAAGCACACACACUAAUUAAAAGAAAAUAAGCCAAAGUCUGCUACUAUAUGGAAGAAAUAAUGUUUGAUUGAAAGAAUGGCAUUUUGUUCCCCCUUCUCCCCCUCACUGUACUAACACCUAUUUUGACCAACAAACCACAGAAUAAUAUCAAAAUGGCUGUAGAAGCAUGCUAAAGUCUGUGACUAGUGCAUGGCAAAACAUUUGUACUAGUGUAAUCAUUUGAAUAUAUAUUCAGAAGUAAGUUCAGUGGCACAUUCCUAGGUAAGUGGGUAUAGGAUUGCAGCUUAAUAGGGUGUUCAUCAACCUUCAGGAUUAUACACUAAGAACUCCCAAGUGUAUAUCUGCACAUGUUCUCUUCAGGGAUUGGGUGUUCCCAUGCAAUGCAUCAGAAUCCAGAAGCCCUCAGCCAGUCCACAUUGCAAAUAAGGCCUGUGUCAGCUUACUUUGUCAUAAUGAUACUUAGAGAUUGUCCCAUGUUGCAUUGCACUUUCUUUUUCAGAGGGCUUCCCUCAAACUUCAUAUUUGAUGCUAGUGCACUAAACUGGAAAUGGAGGGAAUUUCCAUACAUAUAUCCUCCUAAGAGAUAUAGGGAAGACAACAUUUCUGUUUUAGAAUAAGCUUUGGAGUCUUUGUGUGCCCGCUCAGAUUAAAAAAAAAAGUAAAGAAGAGCAUUACUGCCUUGGUUUGGAAAGUCCCCCUACUCCAAGUCAGAAGAAAGCUUAGCUUAGAAAGUUUUGUACGCACUAAGCAUGGGUAUAAACUCCAUUGAACACUCUAGGAUUUAAUUCUAAAUUAGCCAUGCAUAGUACUAUGAAAAUACAAACUUCCAUUGCACUGAGAGAGUGCAGUUGUGACUGGAAAUGAGAUGGUGGCUUAAACAGUUGAGACUUUGGCAUAAUUGUAACUAGAAUACGGGGACACAAGUGACUAAAGGCCGUUUUGUAAAGCAUUGCAGGUUCGAAGCAAACCAAGGGAGGACACUUUGUGGUGGUUCUUCUAUCUGUCCAAAGGGAAAUCUGAUACACCUGCCACAAACUACUCCGGUGGAACCCAGCUGCCUUCGUUUCUAAGAAAUGAAGUUACAUCUGUUUGCCAGUUUUACAUACAUUUUAAUUUGCAUUAAAAUAUUGCAAUGACAUAUUGUUAGUUAAAUUAUAUUUUGCAACUUUUAGUGUAAUAAACAGUGUUGGCAUUUUG